UAUUUAGAAAUGCUCUCCUUCCUUCUCUGAUCAUAUGGCUGACAUCUAACAAUCUAUUUCAUUCCUAAUCUGCCAGCAGUUUGCCCUUUUGUGUUUGUUACUGGGAUGCAUAGACGUUGCAGAGGAUUAUUGGUAGAAUAUUCCAUCUUUCUUUCAAUGCUGGGAACAAGCAUCACUGCAAAUGAAUAUCUAACCUCUCUCAGCCUUGUUUAAAGAUUUGCCAGUUUACAGUGACAUGAAAUGUAAGUUUUCAAUCUGCCUAAAAUCUGUAGAUGGCAGCUGUCCUGCAUAUCAUCUUUUUAGGAGCCCGAGGACCAGCAGCAGCAGAUUUGACUACUAACACAUCUCCAUUAACUGGAAAGAGCACUUUACACAUAAGCAAGAGAGAGAAGUCUCAAGAGAUUCAGAACCUCAUACUCUUAUGCAACAUAUCAUUGAUAACCAUCCAGACAUGGCUACUGCUCUGCUGGCUGGAGAGAAACUUAAAGAACUGAUACUGCCUGGACAGCAAGAUGACAGGGCUGGCUCUCUUGCAGCUCUUAUGGUGCAGCUUAAGCUUGAGCUUCCCUUUGACAGAGUGGUGACCAUUGGCACUGUCCUUAUACCCAUACUCCUUGUUACCUUAGUCUUCACAAAGAACUUUGCGGAGGAGCCUAUAUACUGUUACACACCUCAAAACUUCACCCGUGAUCAAGCCUUGUAUGCAAGAGGAUAUUGCUGGACAGAACUUAAAGAUGCCCUACCAGGAGUGGAUAUUAGUCAAUGGCCUUCAUUAUUUGAACACAAGUUUCUGCCCUAUGCUCUUUUAGCCUUUGCUGGAAUAAUGUACAUACCCGCACUGGGUUGGGAAUUUCUUGCCUCAACAAGGUUGACUUCGGAGCUGAACUUUCUUCUUCAAGAGAUUGACAAUUGCUAUCACCGGGCAGCAGAGGGGCGUGCCCCCAAAAUUGAGAAGCAAAUUCAGUCAAAGGGUCCAAGUAUUACUGAACGAGAGAAACGAGAGAUUAUAGAAAAUGCAGAAAAGGAAAAAAGCCCUGAACAAAACCUUUUUGAAAAGUACUUGGAAAGACGAGGUCGCAGUAACAUCUUAGCCAAGUUAUAUUUAGCAAGACAUUUGCUCAUUAUUUUUUUAAGCAUUAUACCAAUAACAUAUUUAAGCACUUAUUAUGCAACCCAAAAACAGAAUGAAUUCUUAUGUGCACUGGGAGAGCCCUUUCAUAAAACCCUAAACUCAAAGUUUUACAUAAGAAUGAAUUGUAAACUGCCAGCUGUUCAGCUCCAAAGAAUUAUUGCUUCAGUGGAUAUUUUUCUUCUUAGCUUCAUUAAUCUAAUUAUUCUUGUCAAUUUAAUCCAUCUUUUCAUUGUCCGAAAGUCCAACUUCAUAUUUGACAAACUUAACAAAGUUGGCAUUAAGACCAAGAAACAGUGGCAAAAGUCACAGUUCUGUGAUAUUAAUAUUCUCGCUAUGUUUUGCAAUGAAAAUAGGGACCACAUCAAAUCCUUAAAUCGACUGGACUUUAUCACAAAUGAGAGUGAUCUGAUGUAUGACAAUGUGGUUCGUCAACUGUUGGCGGCUCUGGCACAAUCAAACUACGAUGCCACACCCACGAUGCGUGAUUCAGGUAUUCAGACUGUUGACCCUAACGCAAACCCAGCAGACAUUGAUGUCAAUGAACAACUUGUUAUAAAACGACCAAGGAAGAAAAUGAAGUGGAUUCCAAGUAGCAAUCCUCUUCCUCAACCCUUCAAGGAACAGUUAGCAAUCAUGAAAAUUGAAAACAGCAAGCCCGAAAAGCUUAAACCUGUUAGGAGAAAAACUGCUACAGAUAGCAUAAUAGCCCCUCUUUUAGAAGCUUCUUCCAAAUGCUCCUCUCAGAUAAUUUCUCCUAAAACUGAUCUAAGCAUCAUGGGUGAUAAGAAGCAUUCUCGUCACUUCUCCUUAGAUGUUCAUCCAUACAUCCUUAGCAAUAAAAAACCCAAAUCAGAGACACAAGAUGCUCCUAUUGCCUUGUCUGAAAGUCAAGAGAGUGGCUUCCUGAACCAUGAAGAAACAAUAAUCGAUUCUGUAACAUCUACAAAAGAUAUUCCAAAACCAACUGCAGACAUAGAGAAGGAGAACCAGCCAUUAACUGAAAGCUGUAGAGAUGUAUCUGUUUCUGGGCUGUUCCUCACUUGCGGCCACAGGACCUCUGCAGCAGUGACUACAUCGAGUGUAACACUCAGCCAGGUGAAACCAGAACCAAUGAGUGUGUUUAAUCGUAAUCCCACUCACCCUCUGCUUCACAUUAGCACUUUAUAUGAGGACAGGGAGGAACAUGUUACUACCCUGAGAGAUCGAGAUCACUCCUCCCCAGAUCCUGGUGAAAUAAUUUCUGUGAUUCCACCAAAACAGGUCAUGUUGGCUUCUUUUGAGGAGCCUAGGACCAUAAUAACUACUUUGGAUUACUGAGAAUUGGUGGUUCAUUAUACAAACACACUAAUUGCUGCAUGAGCUUGGAGCAUUUAACUAUUUUCUAAAUAUGCUAAUGACGAAUUGAACUCACCACUUUUUCACCAUUAUGAAUCUAAUAAUAAAUUAGGGUAGUUUGCAGUGAAAAGCACAGUUUUCUUUGACCCUCGUAGGAAAGAGUAGCACAAAAUGUCUGUAGUUUUUAAACACUCUUGUCUUCUUGGGACUGUAUAUAUUUAUACACUGCUGCUUGAAAGUUUGUGAACCCUUUUGAAUUUUCAGUAUUUCUGCAUAAAUACAGAAAAUUUGAUCUGUUCUCCACCCAAGUCCUAAAAAUAGACAAUUAGUACCCAAUUAAACAAACGAGUCAAACUUAACGUUUGUCUGUAUUUUUCGAGGAUAACGAUCCAAAUUUAUAUCUGUGUAUCAGCAGUGUCACAUCCCCUCGGGGCCCGCUGGAUGCUCACACCGGUGCGAAUUUGCCACAAAAAUGGAUCAAAGCGGGGGAAGGGGGGGCUUCAUGCCCUGCACCCGGGCCUGAGGAUGUCUAGUUACGCCGCUGUGUAUCAGUAUGUGUACCUCUAGUAUCCUCAAUUCCUUUGACAGGAAAUUGUGAGUGUGGAAGACCCUGCCUUAUUUAGCGAACAGAAAUCUCGAUUUUCACUGUCCAAGUCUGAUCUUAACACUGUUUUUGGAAGUGCAUCAGGGCUUCAAAAAGAGAAAUCCAAGGACCUCCAAAAAACAGCUAUUAGCAAAAUUGUGCAUGGUAGAGUAGCAAGGAGAAAACCACUACUGUCCAACAAGAAUAGUGAUGAGCAAAAUUUUUACCAGGUUUUGCCACGAAAAAAUGUCCAUAGAUAUGGCUGCAAAAAAAAAAAAAUUUGCAGCGAAAAAAACACUUAUUGACUUCAAUGCAUUUCACAAAUUUCCUCUUUCACAAGUUUCUCUGAAGUGGAAUGGGACAGAUUCAAUUUGUUACAGAUCUCAGGAGGCUGUUGGAAGAACGUUCUGUGAAUGGGCCAAAAUAGAUUUUUUUGUGAAAGGACCUUAAGUGGGCAGUUCAUAGGAGGAGGACCACAAACAUUCCCGAGUUGAAGCUGUUCAGUAAGAAUUGGCUUAAAUUCCUUAAAGGAACAGUAACAGUAAAAAAUAUUAUUAAAAAAAUAAAAACUACACCCUCUAACUAACACCCAUGUCCAGCUGAAUUGUAGUUAUUUACCUUGUAUUUAGCAAAACAAUCCCUAGUAAAACUCCUCUCCAUAGUAUUUGAAGAAAGGCGAUAUGGCGACUACCCCAUAGUGUGUGCGCGUCCCCGACAUAUCUCCUCUUCACAAGACAUCCGGCUGUAACCAGGAAGUGCAGGGAUCGCUGUGCUGAAGACAUGCUGGUGGGAGGAGAGGCACACCUGAUAGAACGGCACGGCUUAGACGCUGAAAGGAGAGCUGGUGGGAGGAGAGGCACAUUCAUGGAACAGCACAGCUUGUAGGGGAGAGCGACACUGAAAGGAGAGCUGGUGGGAGGAGAGGCACAUUCAUGGAACGGCUGCUGAAGGGAAAAGCUGCAGAGUAGCUUCCCUGGUUGCUAAGCGACGUGACGUCACGGAGGCGGGAUUUUUGAAACGAAAAGCAGGAAGAAGCUGUCGGCAGCGCGCACAUAGGGGAGAAGAAGCUUUCAGGCCCUGCAAGAUGGCGAACACCCUAUUUACUCCACAGGAAAGCGUCGGUUUGGAUUUUUUACUGAUGUAUUAUAGCAAAGCAGCAUGCAGCAGAGCAUUUGAAGUAAAAACUGUAAGUUGAUUGAUUUGGACUGGGAGGUCUAAAUGGUGUUACUGGUCCUUUAAGUUAUGUGCAAGAUGGAUCGACAAUUAUGGGAAACAUGGAGGAGCCCAUUUCUGAUUUCUUAAGCAAUCAUACGUGAGAUAAAGAACUCACGUGGGGUUUCGGGGGUUAAGUCGAGUUUAUUUCCCUGAAACCCCAGGUAAGUUCCUUAACUCAUGCAGCGUUUCCCGUAAGAUUACUUGAGCGAAAAGGCUUGAGCAACCAUAAAUUGGCCCUUUUAGGAGUGAGCAAUGCAGAUACUUGCAGGUGUGAACAAUAGGGGGGGCUUACAGCCUUAAUCCGAGGUGUGAAUAAUGCAGGGGGAGGCAGUUCAUCUCAGUACUGAUACCAUUUAAAGCUUACACAAAGGUAAGCAGUCACGGCAGCCAGACCUUAAUGGGAGGUCACACAAGGGGGGGGCUGUGGGACAGAUGCAGCCCACUGGACAGAUGUGGCCUGCAGGCUGAUAGAUGGACAGAACUGCCCUAAGGUACUGCUCACCACCUGGUGUCUGGCAGGUCUUCUGGGACCAUCUCAUCUUGGCGCUCAGCCAAAAUCCUCAGGAAUGUGUUUCACCUUGGUGAAUGAGUGUAUCUUCCUUAGUACCAAUCCCUCUCUUUCUUCUUGCUGUGGCACAGGAAUGCCCAUACUAUCUGACUUUACUGUCUCUCACUACUACAGUGAACUAUUUCACCAUCUAGCCUAGCUAAUCUUAGCACUUUACUGUUUGUCUUUACUGGGCCCUGAAAACCAGUUUCUUGGCAUCUUCCUCAGAUGGUUCUAGUAAAGCUGGCUGUACAUGAGCCAAUAAAAGCUGCCAAUUCAGUCCCUCCAGACUUAGGUCUAAAAUCCACAAGUGCUUGUGAUUUUGUUGGUCAGAUUUUAUCCAAUCUUGUCAUGCAAUACCACGCAACAGCAUGAGAUUUCGUAUGACCUAUCAAAUCUGAUCUCCAUAGUCUGUAAUGUAAAGUUGGAUGUUUUCUUUUGUUCAUGCAUCUACAUUUGACAAUGUAUUUGAAUGAGAAAGUCUUUCCAACACCAUCAGUUUUUAUCUUGUCGGAUUGACAAUCCAACAAAAGCAUUCAUGGAGUUAAUCCCUAAAUUACUGAUCUGUUUAUGGGCCUCACAGAAAAUCCUGCCCAAUCAAUAUUUGUCUGAAUACCAGGCAGCUAUAGAUUAGGCAGGUUUAAAAAUGCCAUCAGACAAGAACUACAAUGACAUGUUGAUAGGGUCCUUUCCCAGUGGUAAUCUGUAGGUCCCCCAUAUGACUCAUUGAGUCAUUGGCCUGGGCCAUACAAUUGGAUAACAGAUUGAAGAUUGGAUUGCAGAGCGGUUCUUACCAUUUAUGGCCAGCUUUACACAUCAGUCUUAUAUAACCUCACAGACUGAUCCAUUCAACCCAUAUUCAUUAUACAAUAUAAAUUAUGUACUUGGCAUCUCAUUCAUGUCUGUACAUACUCCUGACCAACUUCCAGCAAGUGCCAGUGUUUCCACUCAGCCAGCUCUCUUGUCUCUAACCACUAGGUACAUUGGAAUUAAUGCAUUCUGUGGAAAGUCCUUGCUGAGGCAAGCAGUAUGGCUUACACCAAUAUGUGCAAGUGCAGAUAUGCAUAAAAGAACCAGUGCACAGUAAUCUACAAAGUAAUAUGUCAUAAAAACAUAUAUUUAUAAAUGGGGUAUAUUUUUCCUUAAAAAAAUUUUUCUUAAAGAGAUGUAAUAAAGAGUACCUUACUAAACCACUUAAUGUGAUGGCAGACACAACUGACUAGACUUUAAAGCUGAACUUACCUCAUUUUAAAAGGAAUUUUACAGGACACAUACUUAUAAAAAAAGACUGGACCUUUGAUGCAGAAAGAACAGUAUUCUACUUACUGGUACUGUAUAAAGUACAGAAGUACAUAUUUACUUGAGAAAUGGAAUUAUUUUUUCAUUUACAGGUACAGACAUGGCACGGAAAAUGUAUGUAUGAUGAUCAAGUAGAGCAUUGCUGUGCAGCAAUGUGUCCAUGCUUUGUGAGCAAGGAGUCUGAUCUCCUCCUCAAGUUUAAGUUUUACAUCAACCUGUUUGAAAACAUACGCUCAAUGAAUAGAAGAACAAAUGUAGAGUUUAUUUUUAUAUUGUAUUUUCUAAUAAUAAAUAGUCAUGUAUCAUUUUAAUAGAGAUAUAUAUUUUCCAUUUAUGGUGCUGAAGUUUCCCUGGAAGAAGCGUUUUCUCAUCAACUUUCAUUUUUGUUAUACUCAAUGUAAAACUCCCACAAGUAACCGAAAACCAGUCAUAAAAGCAAUAAUACAAAUAUAUCUGCAUACAAAAACAAGAUAUGUCUCUUUAGGGUUUGGUAUUCCAGCAGCCCACUACUUAAGGGAUAAACUUACUGGACCUCAUUUACUAAUGUAGGCAAAAACAUGUGCAAGUUAUACAUUGUAAAAUACCAUACCCAAAGCUUUUGUGCCCAAACUGCCUUGAUCUGGGCAUUAAUGUUCCAGCUGCCCUUACUAAAAUAAAUUAAGUGGUCAAGGCGUAGUUUGCAGAGGCUCUAGAUAACCUAUAACACCUAUGAUUGACCAGGUGUAAAUCGCUUGCAAGUAAAAGGGCAUGCAUGCAUGUUGUCAUUGCCAGGGAUAACUAGAAUCCUCCAAGUGCAUCUUGCACUUGGUGGUGCAAAAAAUUGGCAAAAUGCACCCAUUUUCUGCACUAUGCCUACAACAGUAAAUAAGGCCCACUGCAAUUGCUAAGAACAUUUUGUGUGAGGGGGUGCUCUUUUGGUGGGAGGGCAUAAAUACAGGUAUUGUAAAGCUAAGUUGUGUAGAGGGUUGCUUUAGUAAUAGAAAUUUACAUUCCAGAAUAAAUGAAUGUAUGUGUAUGUGAUGUUGUAUAUGAACAAGAGCACAACAGCUGUUAAUGUUCUCAUUUAAUAGUAUCUUGGGUUAUGUCCAUAUAACCUUAAAAUGCACAGUUCAUAAUUGUCACUGCUGAAUGAAAUAAAUAGUAUGGAAAAUCAAUAAACUGAAUU